UGGAAAGUGAGAAGAGCAACGUGCAGCAAUUAAAAGACGGAGAGGAGAUGGCAACACACCAGCAAACGUCUAGAUGACCAUUCAGGUGGCGGAUAAAACAGGUCUCUCUCUUUCCACCAUCUUCUCAGCCGAAGUCACUCCUAUGAACAAUGAAUGAACCAUAUAAUAGUGCAGACAGUGCAAUAGAGUUCACAGUGUCCAUGUGGUAACUAGUUUUGUAUGUACAGGAGUGAAGUAUUAUUGGGAGCUUGUGGAAUGAAGUUGUAGUGGAAUCUGGUUGUUCUGCAUUUGAAGCUAUUGAACGUCUUGCCAGAGGGCGGCAGGGAGAACAGUCUAUCGUCGGGAUGGGAGGGAUCUUUUAUGGUUGUCUGAAUCCUGGUCAGGAGGGGGAAAACGUGCAUCCCUGCCUGGUGCCCCUCUGAAGUCAUGACCUCUAUCUAAUAGAACACCUAUUAGAUAAACUAGAACAAAAUAUUUGAGUCAGGUUCAUCUUGUGCCUUACUGGAAUAACGGUCAAACAUUUCCGUGAAAAAUAUCCCAAACUUUGAUGACAGCCUCCUGAGAUGACUUGAAACUAUUAUAGAUGCAAAGGGUGUGGCAUCUCCAUAAUAAAGGGUGUACAUUACAAAUCAGAUGUGAUUAAAGUUUAAAGUUCAGGUGUGUUAGUGAUAAGGGAUAAGUUAUUGGCAAACAGCAAAGUCAGCAUAUUAUGAUGACCCAGUAAAAUACAAAGACAAAAUAAGACAAGAGAAGAGAAGACCUUAGACAGCAUUGUAAUCAGCAGUUGUUUCCUGGUCUGAUUGUUGUUGCAGAAGCUGCUGCCAGGAAAACGGAGGAAGUAAUAAGGUUAUUGGCAAAAGCUGAUAACUUAUGGUAAAACGAUUUAUGAUCAUACAUAAAAGUUGAGAUGUGCUAGAAUUGACAACAACAGUUCUCUAGGAGUCUGAGAAGUGAGUUUCAGUUAUUUUCUAUAAGACGUGCCUUAGGAAAGAGGUAAGUCUUCACACUUUUAUUUACUACAUAUUAGGCUUGUUGACCUAUUAUAGAAUAAAUUGUGUAUUAUGUUCAUCUAAAUAGUUAAGUAGUUAACAUUAUUGGUAGUGGUUUCACAAACUUUAAAUAAUUCUUCUUUGCAGAGAUGCUCAGCCAUUCACUUUUGUUUUUGGGGAUUUUUGUGAUCUUGGGGCAUGGAUUCCUUGCUGAUGUCCUUCCACAAGCAGAAAACAAUGGCACUGACUUUGCAGAAGUUAUUUUGGAAGACAGUGAGAACCUCACCAGUACAAACUUUGAACUGUUGCGGAGAAAGAGCGACAGAUUCAAGUACGUUGCCCGGAGCUGUAAAGAAAUCCUGGAUAUUUAUGGGGAACGAGAAGAUGGAAUAUAUUACUUGACUACAACUAAUGGGAUGAAGUAUCAGACUUUCUGCGACAUGACCACUGCUGGAGGCGGCUGGACUCUGGUGGCCAGUGUCCAUGAAAACAGCAUUUAUGGCAGAUGCACUGUGGGGGAUCGCUGGUCCAGUCAGCAGGGUAACAAUCCAAAUCUGCCGGGUGGAGAUGGAAACUGGUCCAACAGGAACACCUUUGGUGUAGUAGAGAGCGCUACGUCUGAUGAUUACAAGAAUCCAGGUUACUAUGACAUUGUUGCUAAAGAUAUGUCUGUGUGGCACGUUCCCAACAACUUCCCGAUGGAGCACUGGAACCUGGCAGCCAUUCUCCGCUACCACACGGACAACAGCUUCCUUCGUCUUUAUGGGGGAAACCUCUUCAGCCUGUUUAAACAAUUUCCAGUAAGGUACAGCGUUGGCUCAUGCUCCGAUAGAGGACCUGCAGUUCCCAUUGUGUAUGACCAUGGAGACAGGGAGUCCACCCGUAAUUUAUAUGGACCAAGAUCAAGAAAUGAGUUUGAUCCAGGCUUCAUCUCAUUCAGAGCCAUAAAUAAUGAACGAGCAGCCAUGGCUAUCUGCUCUGGUGUCAAACCCAGAGGGUGCAACACAGAACAUUAUUGUAUAGGAGGAGCAGGAUAUUUCCUCAAGGACCAGUGUGGAGAUUUCCCAUCAUUUGACGCUGACAGGCUGGGAGGAGACCAAGGUUGGAGCGCCUCCAAGGAGAUGACUGAGUCUGCUGUCCUGCUGUUUUACCGCUGAAGGGGCUCUAUACUGUUGGAUAAAUGUAUUUAAAUAACUCCACAGUAGAUGGCACUAUGCUACCAUGUAUAAACAACACUAACUGGAAGUUAGAGCUGAUUUAAACAGGAAGUGAUGAAAAUUAGGGAGACAACAGAGUAUUAGAGACUCAUAAGUAAAGACUGACAUCAGUCAUAAAAAUGUAAAACUUAAUAUAUGAGCUCAGAGACGUGAUUUUCUUUAACAAAGAGAGUACUCAUAAUUACAGGAAUUAAACAGAUUCAUAUAAGUGGCUCUAUUUGUUUUUUUUUUUAAAUGUCUGAUUGUCUGAUUGUAUUUUUAGAUAAUUACGUUCAGCAACAAGGCAUGUUUCUCAGAGGUUGCUCAUUUUCAUGCAAAAACAACACAACACAACAGAGAGGCUUUUCAGUGAACGAACAUGUAAAAGUAAUAAGAGCCAAAUGGGUUUUCAGAAAACAGAUGGGUACUGCAGAUUCCUUAACAUAACUGAGUUUGUAAAGAUCAAAUUUUAAAUUACUGAGCAACUUUUCAUCUACGGUUGCACUGUUCCUAUGUUUCAAAUGGUUUGCAUGUUCAGAAAAAUGUUUCUUGUUAUAGUCUUUUACACAUCUUUUCCCACAUUUUUGUCACCCUUGGUAAAGAUGUAUAAAAGCCUUACAAUGAUUUCAGCUUUUAUUGCCGUAGCACAAUUACACAGUACGGAUGGUUAAAAAGUCUAAUCUUAACAAGCUGGUCCUGGACAACAACCUGGACCUCACUGAGGAGCUGGGAGAGAGGAAGAUGCUAGCAAAACUGACAUCCAUCAUGGGCAGCAUCUCUCACCUCCUCCAUAGUACUGUGAGAGCUCAGAGCAGCUUUUUUAGCAGCAGGCUGCAGCACCCACAAUGUAAGAACGAGGGCAUCUUGAGAUCCUUCAUCCCCUUUGCCAUUAGACUCUUCAAUAAUCAUGUGCAAUAAAUCCCAUGUGCUUUAUAGGUCACAACACGAAAGUAGUAUAAUACUGUCCACACUGCAAUUUCGUUUGUGUAAUGGCGUUUCACUGAACCUAAAUUCAAUAUAAGUUUCAAGCAAUAUCUGGUUCUUUCUCUUUAUGUGAUUUCCGCAGACAAUAAUGUGGUUUCAUUUGUAUAAAUGUAUACAUUGUUGGACAUAUCUCUGUGAAUUUAAAAUUUCUAAUCUCGGUUUUAUUAUUCCAUUACUAAGGGUAUUUUAUUCCUAUAGAUUUGUUUAUAUUUUCCCAUCCAUUCACCCAUUUUAUAUACCCACUUAUCGGGGUUGCGGGGGUCAUCUUUUAUGGCUGUAGGAGGAGAACAAAUGCAUGCACAGGGAGAACAUAUUUUUCAUAUGUUUUAUAUUCACUGGGGUGCUUCUGCUGUAACAGGUGAGUUUCCCCAUUGUGGGAUUUACAGAGGCCAAUGGAUUUUAAGUAAAAUUAUUUAAUGUGACAAAGACCUCAGCAGAGCGGAAUAAUUGUUUAAAGGAUUUUCUAAUCCUCAAGAAAUGUACUUAAAUUAAAGGCUGGAUUUCAGUGUCAGGUCAUUCUACAACAAUAAAUGAUUGAUUCAUUUGAAGGCUAUUUUACACAUCUUUACAAGGGAUGCUGUGGAGGAUCUCUCCAAAAAUCGAUUCAAUGAAAGUCAACAUGUUGUGCUUUAUGGUUGCAAUUCAGAUUGGCGGACAUAAAAGUCUGAAACUAACAUUGGUAUUGAGGGCAAACAUUGCAUUAGUGGAAUCAGUUCAUUGGGUACACAGAAUCACAAGAUCUCCACAUCACAAAAUGUCUAUUUCUUCCUGUUAUACUGAUAUUUGAGCAGGUUCUGAAAAACUAUGUCACCUGCUCCUAUGCAGUGCUUUGGGGAGUUUUAAAUGCAAAUACAAAACUUUUGUGGAAAAGACUGAAUUAAAUACAAAUUCUUACUAGAGGUGCUCCAAAGAGGGAUUUUAGUCCCUUAUACCAAUCCGAGCCAAAAAAAAAAAAAAAAAGUAUAUUUGCUAAUAUAAAGUCUCAUUUUGAUACUUCAUUGUACAUGGCAUUGAUGUCUCUCUGUUCAUAUGAGAAUCUACACUCAUUACAUAGCUGGGCAACAAUGUUCAUAAGUGAUCAAACUUUCUAAAGAGAAGAUGUUUAGCAUUAAUGAAAACAUUCUUAUUAAUUUCUAGAGCUGCAUCAUCCAAAGCAUUCUGACCACCUUCAUCAAUGCAUUGUAUUGUUUGACAACAAACAUCCGCAGUGGUUUGGAUGAAAGAGCAACUUGUCAAAGCAGCCCCUACAUCGCUGUAGGAUGUCCAUGCAUGGAGAAUACAUUGUAGAACCAGCCUCACUAUCUGUGAACACGUUAAUGUCCACCUCUCUGUUGCUCAGGUGGAGAUGCAGACGUCUGAAGUGUAAAAGAUUGCUACUUAACAGCUUCUCUCCUGAAGAAGUGUGGAGGAUUAACUCCUCCAAACACUCAGGUCAAAACCUAGAACUGGACAAUCAAAAU